AUGUCAUCAUCAGGUCCAUCCACCACAAACCCAUCGGCCAAACCUGGUCCAGGUCAAGGCAGACCCCGUAAAGCAUCAACUGCAGCCUCACAUCCACCUUCGACCGCAGACAGUCAGCCUCAUGCUCAAGGUCAAACACCCACACCGUCCGUCUCAGCUGCAGGUGGAGGUAUGAGCAUGCCACCACCUAGUUUCAGCAGUAAUGGACCGUUGACUGUAUCAGACUGUGAAUUUAUGGCUUCACAGCUGCUAGAACCAGGAGUCGCGAUACGGAAGAAGCUUGAGAUAGCUUUCGAAUUAAGAGAUUCAGCGGAGAGUACAAGAGAUUUUGGUUUUUAUGAGAAAUAUCUGGCAAUCUUCAUUCCCGCUCUGAUAACGAUCUUAGGGGAGGAGAAGUCAAUCGUGUUCAUGAAGGAUAAUAUAGAACAGCGAUAUCGUCAUACACUUCUCGCUUUUCUCCAACGACUCCCUCACCAUGAACCAAUCCGGCAUCAUAUUAGCUCGAUAAUGGAUCUGUGUAUCAAAUUGUUGAAGUUGGAGAACGAGGAGAACGCUCUGCUGUGUAUCAAGAUAAUGAUCGAUGGAUUGAGGAGCAACAAAGAACAGAUGGAACCGUAUAUUGAACCAUUCCUGGAUUUGGUGAAGCAGAUGUAUGCGAACACCAAAGCGGUGGUGGAAAAGGAGUUUGGACCUAGCUCUUCUACUGUUCCUACAUCUAAACCACCAGUGUCCGCUGGUACCAAUCCGGCUGCACCUUCCCCCGCCCCAGCAACUCCUGCAAGCGAUACUUCUGCCCCUGCUCAGCCUCCCCAUCCACCUCAGCCAUCAACAUCUCAGCAUCCAAUGCUCCCUCACGCACUUCAUUCACCCAAAGUGCUCACUGAGUGUCCCAUCGCCGUCGUCCUUAUUUUUCAGACGUACAAGCAGAUCAUGCAAACUGCCAUGCUCGACUUCUACCCUUUGGUCAUAGAUAGUAUCAAGAUACAACCUGAACCACAGCGACUGGCUCACUUGGAAGCGAAAGAAAAAGGAGAAAUAUUUGUGGGCAUAGCAAGUGGGAUAGGAAACAGAGAGAUGUAUGCAGAGUUGAUCAAAGCUCAAGUAAAGACCAUGGCUUUCCUCGCCUAUGUGUUAAGGGGAAAUCAAGGGAACAAUAAGGAAUAUGUGGAUGUGUUUCCAGAAGCUUGUUUGAGGUUAUUGAGAGAUUGCCCACCGGAAGACGUUGGGACGAGAAAAGAACUCCUCGUCGCCACUCGACAUAUCCUCACCGUCGAGUCAAGAGCCUGCUUCAUCCCGUACAUCGAUGUCCUCCUCGAAGAGCGGGUCUUAGUUGGUACUGGAGUAUCAAGUCGGGAAUUACUCAGACCUUUAGCUUAUUCUGUCGUUGCCGAUCUGAUACACCACGUCCGAAAUGACCUUCCUCUAUCACAACUCACCCAAGUCGUCUAUGUCUUCUCUUGCAAUCUUAACGAUUCAACUUUCAACAGUUCCAUCCAGACCAUGUGCGCUAAACUGCUCAACACGAUCAUCGACUCUAUACAUAGCAAAGCAGACAGCCAGGAAUUCGCCAGAAUAAUCAAAGGAAUAUUCUUCACCUUUUUGGAGAAGCUCACAGCAAUGUCAGAAGCGCAUGAUAGAUUGAAGGCGAUCGGUCUGAGGGAUAAAGGCAAGGGCAAAGCCAAAGAAGAGACGGACGGAGAUGUCAGCAUGGAAGAUUCGGCUAAGGAAGCUGCUGAGGAUAAGAUACAGAAUGGAUGGCGAGAAAUCGAACAGGCGAUGCCGGUACACUCGGUGGCUUAUGCUAACGAAUCGUUGGAAUCAUUCUGCCGAGAAUCUCGCUAUUUGUUCAAGACACUGCUCCAUACAUUCCGAACUCUCCUCACGUACACGCGUCAAGGAGAUAACCCAGCACCCCAACCCGACGGGGAACUUCUUAGCAAGUUUUUCGAGCAUAGUUUGAAAUGCUUAGCAAUAUUCGAUUUCAUGGGCAGAGACCCUCGCGAACCUAAAGAAGCGUUAGAGCUGCACUCACAGAUCCUCCUCCUGUUUGAACCUCACGUAUUCGCCGAGGUUUGGACGAGUCAUAUGGCCUUCUUCACUGAAUUGGCUGUAACGAAUGCGCAAGUGUUCCCCAUCCUGCAAAUGCUCAUUACACACGAAAGCGUAUCCCAUCAAUUAGUAGCGAUUCUCCUCAAACACCUGAUGAAGAAUUUGGGAGAAUUAGGUACGAUGGACAAACCCCAAGCGAUUCUUACGCUCAAGAUGUUCAAGAUUUCUUUCCUUGCUAUCAACACUUACAUCGCCAAUAACGAAGUCGUUCUGGUACCCCACUUGCAGAAGCUUAUAAUGAGUUCUUUCGAACACGCAGCCAAAUCUGAAGAUCCGGCCAUCUACUACCAGAUCCUCAGAGCGUUAUUUAGAUCCAUCGGAGGAGGCAGAUUUGAAGCUCUUUAUAAAGAGGUAUUGCCAAUUUUGCAAGAAAUGCUAGACAAUCUAGCAUACCUCCUUCAACAUGCUGCCGAUGAUAGUCAACGUGAUCUAUUCGUGGAACUCACCCUUACAGUCCCUGUCCGAUUGACGAAUCUUCUCCCGCAUCUCAGCUAUCUGAUGAAACCGCUUGUCCACGCGUUAGGAGCUGGUCCUGAUCUUGUCAGUCAAGGUUUGCGGACUUUAGAAUUGUGUAUCGAUAACCUCACCGCGGAGUUCCUCGAUCCUACCAUGGGACCAGUCUUACGAAGUCUCAUGGCUGCUCUUCACAAGCUUCUCAAACCCAUACCUUCAAAUAGAAAUCACGCCAAUGCUGCUUUGAAGAUCUUGGGCAAACUCGGUGGGAGGAACAGAAGAUUCCAAGAGGUUGAUACAGUGCUGGAGUAUAAUCUUUUCACCGAUCGAUUAAAUUCACCUAUCACAUUUGACGGCUCAAGACAUCAACUUCAGCUUGCUCCGUUGGUCUCGACAGCUAGUACGGUGCUUGCGGACGAAGGUCAGAUUCUACGUGAAGAUGCUUUACAGGUAUUGAUGUAUUCGGCUUUGACCAUAUUCCAGGAGAACGCCCCUAGUCCCGAAGGCAAUGAUACUUUCCAGCGAGUAAUGACUGGUCUGUUCAUUGCCUGCGGUCAGCCGAAGAUAGGCGAGAAAGCUCUUGAGUUCGUACGAAAUCUCUGUCGACGAGCAUUCGCUCUUGAGCUCGGACGAACGGAGACUCCUGAUCCUAACGCUAAACCGUUCCCCGAUAACUCUCGCAAACGAUUCUUACCUUUGACGAAUGCUUUAUCAGAUUGUUUUGUCGCUACUUUGCAUGAUUCGAAGCCCGUCGAGCGACCUGGCUUGAGUGAUCUGCUAGCAACGAUCGUCACCGACUUCAAGGAACUCGCUUUUAGUCCAAUUUUCGCUGGAAAGGUCGACGGUUCUCGAUCCUUCGAACGUAUGGUUGCGUUCUUUGCUCACCGAUUGGUCAGCUUGUGUCACGAAGAAGAUUGGUCCAAGAAGAUGGCUGGUGUCACCGCUAUGUCCGCCUUUGUCCACAAGAUCGAUCUCAGCAGGAAGAUGAUCAUAGACUUUGAAUUGGAUUUCGUCAGGGCUCUCUUGUUCUGCCUCCGAGAUGCUCCCAAAGAUACACCCGGAACUUCCGAGGAAGUUAUUGAUCUUAUCAAGCAUCUCCUCAAGACUUGCCAAUCGCAGGAAGAUGGCAAACCUCGCUUGUCUCGCCUCACCGAAGCCCUCGUCGCGGAGCUCAACAGUCAAAAUGCCUUAUCCCGUCGAGCCUCUCAAGAAUGUUUAGAAACUCUUGCUGAAGUCACCUCUCAAUCAGUCUCAGAUCUCGUCAUGGGCAUUGCGAAAGCCAAACUGCUCAACACUGAACAUGGUCCGAUCUAUUCGAAACCGCUUCGAGCUCUGCCAUUUGCAAUGCAAAUUGCAAACAUCAAUGCCGUUACCUACCUCAUGGACCUCAGACCGUCGGUUCCCGAUACUGGAGAGGAGUUCAUCAGACUCCUACAUGAGACGUUAGCGUUAGCCGAUGUAGAUGACGCCAAUUUGAUCAGCAAGCCGGCUACUCAUAAACAGGAGAACUGGCUCAAGAAUCUUAGAAUUUCGUGUUUGAAAUUGCUCAGAUCCGCUAUGUCCGCUCCCGACUUCCUGCUUAAACCCAAUUUGGCCCAGCUCCGAUCUCGUAUCAUACAAGUCUACUUCAAACACGUCUAUUCGACUAAUCCUGAAAUUGUCGAUGUGGCCCACGAUGGUCUACGAGAGGUCCUUCACCAACAGAACAAACUUCCCAAAGAUGUGUUACAACAAGGUCUUCGACCCAUUCUGGUCAACCUUGCCGACGCUAAGCGAUUAAGCGUUUCUGGUCUUGAUGGAUUAGCGCGUUUCCUAGAGCUUCUUACCAAUUACUUCAAGGUUGAGAUUGGUAUCAAGCUGUUAGAUCACUUCAAGACUCUUGGUGAACAGCAAAUGCUCAUGAAAGCUGCGUUUUCGCCGCUCGACGAUAACCCAGACAUCUCUCGAAUGUCCCGAUUAGUCAAUAUCUUCCGUCUGUUACCAGCCAACGCUAUCCAAUACCUUAAUGACCUCGUUGCAAACGUCGUGGAAGUUGAAUCUGCCCUUCACCAGUCCGAACCUGGUCCGUUCACCGAGAAUCUUGGUAAAUACCUGAAUAGGUAUUAUCAAAACGGUGCUCAAAACCUCUUGGACAACAUCCAAAAUCCCAGGUACAUCUGGACCUACCGAAAUAUCAUCGCCUUGGGAUGCGCGCCAAAGUUGGUCGAAGAGCUGGCUAGCAAAGGCGAAGCUUUAUGCAAGUUGUGCUUCAGCGACGCUGAAAACAUCGAAAUGGUAUUACCCGGACUCCAUCUGAUACGGGAGCUGUCUCGGGUAUCGGUGAAUUGGGUAUUAGAUGGUGAACCCGCCCUAGAACCCUUGGUCAAUGUCUGGAGAAUGAUUGUAUCGAAAUCUAGAGAUCUCAAGUCCGACAUGACUAGUUAUCACUAUCAACAGAUGCCGUCGUUACUUCUCGAGAUGUUCAUGACCAGUCUCAAACAUCAGCGACAUGUCCCACUGCUCUUCCACGUCAUAGAAGCUUACGAAGUUCGAGCUUCUUUCGAAAGAUCCCACGUCUCUUUCUUCCUUUACCAACAGGUUGCUCUCCAAGAUUCUCUGGAAUACCGACAAGAGGUCAUCGAAUACUUCUUCGGGCUAUACGAGGAAGAUGAAGUAUCGUGGGCAUUCAAGACCAACGCCCUUCGAGUGAUCAUCAACCCAACCUUGCGCGUACACUUCUCUCAACCGGAUGCGGAUCAAUCUAUUAUCUCACCUCAACUCAUUCAGAAAAUUGUCAAUCUCAUGUGGAGACCUCUUGCUGCUAGUGUGGCUGCCAAACAACGAGAAGACACCCACCUUAUCGAGGUAUUCGCUCUAACCACCUUACUCGUGCAACAUUGUAGUGCUAAAGUCAACGAAGCUAGGAAAGAGAUCUUCAAGCUCGCUUGGAUGGGUAUUAACCUUCUUGAGCCUACCGUCAAACUCAUGGCGUACGUCUUGGCAGCUAGAUUCAUGGUUACAUACGAGACUCCAGUCAAAUUUGUUCGACUCACUUGGACAGGUGUUUUACGAUUGAAAGAAACCGAUAAUCGAACUUUGUACAGGCAAGCUAUCGAUACGCUUGCGUCGUCAUUGACUGUUCGAGAUCCGCCUCCUGCGAGCGGUACACCAGAAUGGGCCAAAUUACUUCGGACUGUACUCAUUGAAGAAGGUCACGCUACGAACCAAUUAGUAACGGUUUGUGAAUUGCUCGUCAACCACCCUGACCUAUUCUACGAUUAUCGAGAGCUCUAUGUUCCACAUGUCGCCAACUCUCUCUCAAAACUCGCUUUCGUUCAGGCUGCUACUCCAGAGAAUAAGAAAUUGACAGUUGACAUCGUCGAAUUGAUAUUCAAUUGGGAGAGAAAACGAAUGGCAGCUAGAGAUGCGGAAGCUAUGGAGAUUGACGAAGGACCCAAAAGAUCAAGUGAUCAUCUGACUGAGGCUUCUCCAGUGAAAAGACAAAGAGUCGAUAGAGCCGGUACAGCCGUUUCUGGAAGUAGUGGGGGAGGAUGGGCGGCCCCUGGACAAGUCAGAGAGUUGAUGACUGCUCAUCUGCUUAGAUUGGUCUCGACUUCCACCGAGUCUGUCACCAGGAAUGGUCUGACCAGAAGAGCUUUAGAUCUGUUCAAGGAGAUCCUUGGUCCGAAAGGUCUGCCUAAUGUGCAUGUCAAACUUGGAUUCUUCCAAAGAACUAUGACGCAGGAUAUUAAUGACAACACCCGUACAGGUAUUGCCAACUCUACCGAGGUUAUCGCGGCUGCUGCUGCCGUACGAGAUUCUCAUUGGGUCAAAGCGAACCUAGGACUCUUAUCCAAAUUGUUAGAAAAAGUCUGGACAUCUGAUGAGACUGAACUGCACGAAGUCGUUGCGAAGCUUACUGAAGAUCUUUUCGCUGAGAUGCCUGCGGACGAGAAUGCCGAGUCAGACCCCGAACCGAAAGCUUUGUUCAACUUCGUCCAAAACGCCGUCAACGAUGGUCUCACUGCAAGCUUAAGAUCAAGCUCGAACCUUCCCGGCACAUUGUUCAUCCUACGAUCGUGGCUCAAGACUCACCCCAAGGUGCUUCAGUCCGAGAUUAUCAGCUCAGCUCUGCUCAAAGUGCUUGGUAAUCUCGUCAAAGUCCACACUGCUAGUUCGGUCCCUCCCGUUCAAGGCAAUGACCCCGAUCCAACGGCCAAGCUUAUCAUCUCCGUUCUUGAUAUAGUCAGAGAUCGAGUUGGUGAUCUUCGAGAACAACGAAAACAUCUUUACAGUAUCAUCACUACUCUGGUCGAGCGAUCUUCCAGUCCAGUGUUAUGCCGAUAUGUCCUGCAACUCAUCAGACACUGGGUCAUCGAAGAUAGUGAAGGUGCCGCGCAUGGUAAAGAGAAAGCUGGUAUACUGUUGCGAAUGCCAGUCUUUGAACAAAGGGAUGAUGAUCUCUUCCAAGAAUACUUGGAUGUUGUUUACGAGAUUUACGAGGACGAUAAGCUCCGAGGCACGGAUAUCACCCAUCGGCUCGAACCCGCUUUCUUGCUUGGUACCAAAUCCAAGAACGCCAUCCAACGAGCCAAAUUCCUAGAUAAACUCGAACAGAGCUUACCUAGAUCUCUUGAUGGUCGACUGCAAUACCUCUAUUCUCUACAGAACUGGGACACCCUUGCCGACUGCUAUUGGGUUCCUCAGAUCCUCAGCCAGAUCCUUGGUAUAGUCUCACAUGAUGAGACUCUCGUGAGACGACCUUCCACAACUCCGCUGGAAUCGGAUCCUAUCAUUGAUACGGCGCGUCGGGCAACGGUCGGUGAUAUCAUCUUGCCUGCCAGGAACCUGAUUCACGUGGAUAAUGAACUUGCCAACCGACUCUGGAUCGAGGUAUUCCCAAUGUGCUGGUCAUCGCUUACUCGUGCUCAGCAGACGGCUUUCACACCGUAUAUCGUCAAGCUUCUGUCUAAGGAGUAUCUGCGCAAACAAGUGGAAAUGAAACCCAACGUGGUACAAACAUUCCUGGACGGAAUACUCGCUUGUAGACCUCCCAUCACCCUCCCACCUCUUUUGGUCAAAUAUCUUGCUAAGACGUACAACGCUUGGUAUGUUGGCUUCGAAAUCCUUACGAAACUCAUCGAUGUCUACCGACCGGACGACGGCUUGCGAGAGAGUUGCGCCAGUGCUCUGAGUGAACUCUACGCCGAGCUUUGCGAAGAAGAUAUGUUUUACGGUCUCGCAAGAAGUCGAUGUGUCUUCCCUGAAACCACUGCUGCUCUUACAUAUGAGCAGAAUGGUCUUUGGCCCAAAGCGAUCGAAUUGUAUGAACAAGCUCAGAUCAAAGCUCGAAACAACCUUUUACCCUUCACCGAAGAGGAAUACUGUUUCUGGGAAGAUCACUGGAUCUUAUCUGCUCAAAAACUUCAGAAUUGGGAGAAUCUGACGGAAUUGGCUAGAAUAGAUCAAGAUGCUGAUCUGCUGUUAGAAUGCGCUUGGAGGCUAUCCGACUGGAGCUCACCCGAUCGAGAUAUGAUUGAUCAGAACAUCGCUCGUAUCUCCGAUACCCCUACACCUCGUCGAAAGACUUUCGAAGCGUUUGUCGCUCUUCUCCGAUCUCACCUUGCACGAGAACCACCAAACGAGUUCUUCCGAGUUCUUGACGAAGCGCAACAAGUCACUCUUCGAAAAUGGGUUAGCUUGCCUACGAACAUCACCAACGCCCAUCUACCGCUACUUCAGAUGUUCCAACAAUGUGUCGAACUUACCGAAGCCGCCCAGGUAUUCGAUAGUCUCCAGAUGACCAAUCAGCAGAAUCUCGAGAUGAGAUGUAAUAGUGAUCUGAAGACUAUCUUUACCACCUGGCGAGACCGACUGCCCAACUUCUGGGACGAUAUUAGCGUAUGGAGUGAUCUUCUCGCUUGGCGUCAACAUGUCUUCCAAGCUGUUACUCGUGUUUAUCACCCGCUUAUUCCUCAAGGAGAUACCGCUACCUACGGAUAUAGAGGGUUCCACGAGACUGCCUGGAUGAUUAAUCGAUUUGGUGAAGUCGCUAGAAGACAUGGUUUACUCGAUGUCUGCAGCGUAUCCCUCAACAAGAUAUAUAUGUUACCCAAUAUCGAAAUAUCCGAAGCUUUCUUGAAACUGCGAGAACAAGCUUUAUGCUUCUUCCAGAAACCAGAUAAAUUCAAUGAUGGUUUGGAAAACAUCAGUACGACCAACUUGAUGUACUUUGCUCCACCUCAAAAAGCUGAAUUCCUCACUCUCAAGGGAAUGUUCAUCUCCCGAUUGGGUCAGAACGAGGAGGCGAAUGCGGAAUUCGCUCAUGCUAUCCAAAUGGAUAUGAAUUUGCCUAAAGCAUGGGCUGAGUGGGGUAGGUUCAACGACAAGCUAUACAGGGAUAGACCAGAGACCUAUGCCCACGAUCGAGCGAUCCUAGCUUCCAGUGCGGUAUCAUGUUACCUCCAAGCUGCGGGACUAUACAACAAUCAUAAAUCUCGUGGACUCCUCUUACGCGUGCUGUGGUUACUCGGUUUAGACGAUAGUAGGAAUACGAUCUCGAAAGCCUUUGAGAAUUAUAAAGGGGAUUUGGUCAUUUGGUAUUGGAUCACUCUGAUCCCUCAGUUACUCAUGUCGCUCUCGCACAGAGAAGCGAAACAAGCUAGAUUAUUGUUAUUGCGUAUCGCUAAGCAGUUCCCUCAAGCCCUAUUCUUCCACCUACGUGUAUCUCGAGAGGACUUUGUCGGUAUCAAGAAACAACAAAUGCAAUCGCGGGCUGCUGCUCAGCGACGAGCUGACGCGCAAGCUAAAGCCGCUGCCGCAAAUGCUGCUGCUGCGGCAGAAAUUUCAGGUGAAGCGAAACCAACUGAAGAGAAGAAGGAAGGAGUCAAAGCGGAACAGAAUGGGGAUACUGCCGCUACUGCUGCUGCACCUGCCGCCAACGGUGAAGAACAAACUCAAGGUCAAGAUCAGCAGUCCAAUGGCGCUUCUAACGGUACUAUGGCUCCUCCUACCCAAGUUGCUCCACCACCUCGUCAACCUUGGGAUCAUGUCGAUGAAAUAAUGAAUAUGCUCAAGACUGCUUUCCCUUUGUUGGCUCUGACGAUGGAAAAGAUGGUAGAUCAGAUUUCGCUACGCGCCAAACCCAACUCGGACGAAGAUAUCUAUCGAUUCUUCUCUGCUCUCUUGGCCGAUGCUAUGCAACAAUGGGGCGGAAGGAAUGGGUUGCCCAACGAUGAAGGGGAAUUGAGUGCUCAGACAAAAGAUAACUUGUCUAAAUUCGCUAUUAACCUGAAUGGAGAGUUGAAGGCUAUGAUCGAGAAAGACUUUAUGAAGGAUAUGCCGAAAUUACGAGAAUACAUCAAACGACUUCAGAGAUGGCGAGAUUACUAUGAGAAGAGUCUCGACGCCAGACCGAAAGUGCAACCUCUUGAUCAAGGCGGUUGUAACCUGACAGAAUUCCAUCAUACCAAAUUCGACGAUGUUGAGAUCCCUGGUCAAUAUGUUCAUCAUGUCGAUCAAGGAGAAGAGUUCAUCAAGAUCGCUCGAUUCGCUCCAAAGGCUGAAUUAGGUCGAGGGCAUGGACACUGCUUCCGAAGGAUCAUCAUGAUCGGCAACAACGGUUCUUCCUAUGCCUUCCAAGUGCAAAUGCCUGCUGCACGACAUUGUCGACGAGAAGAGCGUCUCACGCAGUUAUUCCGAAUCAUGAACAGCGUGUUGAAGAAGAGGAAAGAAUCACGUCGAAGGAACCUUCAAUUCCAUCUUCCGGCGGCUAUUCCACUUGCACCUCAGCUUCGACUCGUUCAAGCCGAUUCUUCCUAUGUCAGCUUGCAAGACAUCUUCGAAGAGCACACGGUAUCGAAAGGCAUGUCGAGGGAAGAUACUGCUCUGGCGUACUUCGACAGAAUCAAACAGCUUCAUGAUCCCGCCGUCCCGCGGAAUGAUCCCAGGUUCUUCCAGCUUAAAGCGGAAGUCAUGGAAGAAGUCCAAACCAAGAUGGUACCAGAGGAUAUCAUGACUAAGUACAUGAUCCGAACGAUGGAUACUCCUGAAUCUCUGUGGCUUAUGAGAAAACAAUUCGCUUUACAAACUGCUACUACGAUGUUCCUCACAUACGUAUGUUGCUUGAGUAAUCGAACUCCAUCAAGAUUCUAUAUCAGCCGAAAGACUGGCUUGAUGUAUAUGACUGAGAUUUUGCCUGCUUUUGCUCCUGGUCAACCUCUCAUUGCAUCCCAAGAACAAGUACCAUUCCGACUCACACCUAACAUGCAAAACUUCAUUACUCGAGUCGGAAUAGAAGGUGUCGUCACUGCUGCUUGUACAGCCAUAGCAAGGUGUUUAACUCAGCCGGAAUUCGAUCUAUCUGGCACCUUAUGCUUAUUCGUUCGAGAUGAGCUGCUUAUUUGGCAUAACACCUAUAUGAAGGAUUCAAGACAAGAUAGUCCUCUUAUAAAUCACGUUUACAGGAAUGUGGAUAACUUCAUCAGACGAGCAGGUACAAUGGGCUAUAUUGGUGAUAACAAAGAUAAAACACCCAAUGCUUCGCCCGCUGUGCACGCCAUUGUGACUCUCAUAUCACAAGCUACGGCGCCGUUGAACUUGGCUCAAAUGAGCGAAACUUAUAUGGCUUGGUUCUAG